AGCAAUCAAACGGCCCGCAUCGAUCAAAAAUCCAUCUUCGCUCAGCCCCUCUUCCUCGCGGCCGCGGAACUCUUCCAGUUCGACCGUGGAGGAACGAGAAAGAAGACCCUGCGAAAUCCCCUCUAGAUCCAACUCUACAUUCCUUUUCCCGGCUGCCAAAUCGAUCAAUUGAGACUUCGAACCACUACUCAUCGCGAUGCCCCCAAACCCCGCCCCUCCCCUUUCUUCUCUCCAGCUCUCAACCCAAUCUCCAUUCCCCUUCUCCGCUCCUAAAUUUCAGCGCCCCACUCUUCUUCUUCUUCGAAGAAUUCCCGUUCGAGCGGCGAGCUCUGUGUCCACCCGGCCGAAAAAGAAGAAGGCAGCCGAGAAGGGCAACGGGCAGCCGGAGGCGGAGGAGCUCGUCCGUGUGAUACUGAGGAAGGCGGGAGAUGGGAAGGAGCCGCUGGUGGCGACGCUCAGUAAGUACGUGAAGGUGGUGAGGACGGAGCACUGCUUCAUGCUGUUCGAGGAGCUUGGGAAGAGGGAUUCCUGGCUUCAGUGCUUGGAGGUAUUCAGAUGGAUGCAGAGACAGCGUUGGUAUAUUGCUGAUAAUGGUAUUUACUCGAAGCUGAUAUCCGUGAUGGGGAAGAAAGGCCAGACAAGGAUGGCCAUGUGGCUUUUUUCUGAGAUGCGGAAAAGUGGUUGUAGACCGGACACUUCUGUAUACAAUUCGCUCAUUACUGCACAUCUUCAUUCACGAGAUAAAGCUAAGGCUCUAUCAAAAGCCCUUGGGUACUUUGAGAAGAUGAAAGGCAUUGAAAGAUGCCAACCCAAUGUUGUGACCUACAACAUUCUUUUGAGAGCAUUUGCUCAGGCCAGGGAUGUAAAACAAGUCAAUGCAUUAUUCAAAGAUCUUGAUGAAAGCAUCAUAUCUCCUGAUAUCUACACUUACAAUGGUGUCAUGGAUGCAUAUGGGAAGAAUGGCAUGCUCAAAGAAAUGGAGUCUGUACUUAAGCGCAUGAAAAGCAAUCAGUGCAAGCCAGACACAAUCACGUUCAAUCUACUAAUUGAUGCAUAUGGCAGGCGACAAGCAUUUGAUAAAAUGGAACAAGUGUUUAAGAGCUUGUUGCACUCAAAGGAGAAGCCUACUCUUCCUACGUUUAACUCGAUGAUAACAAAUUAUGGGAAAGCUAGGCUUAGAGAGAAGGCAGAAUUUGCUUUCAAGAAGAUGAUUGAUUUAGGCUUCAAACCCAGUUAUGUGACAUACGAAUGUCUUAUAACAACUUAUGGAUACUGUGACUGUGCUUCAAGAGCCAGAGAGAUAUUUGAUGAGAUGAUAAAUACCCAAAAGGCAGUGCAAAUUUCUACUUUGAAUGCUAUGCUUGAUGCCUAUUGCAUCAAUGAUUUGCACUAUGAAGCUGAUAAGCUAUUGGAUUAUGCUAUUAAAAAAGGUUUCGUGCCAAAUGCUUCAACGUAUAGAUUACUCUACAAGGCCUACACUAAAGCUAACAUGAAAGAGCUCCUUGACAAUUUGCUGAAGCGAAUGGAUGAACAGGGGAUUGUUCCAAACAAGAAGUUCUUUUUGGAGGCAUUAGAAGCCUUUGGUUCUUCUCAAAAAAGACCCAAAUCCAGUCAUGAGAUAGAUGCUUCAAACAUGCCACAAAUUAGUGCCAAGGAAUAGCCUUAACCCAUCAAGAAGUUUCUUGCCAUGUCUUUCCCAUCACUAGCUGCCUAAUGAGGUCACCAUCAAUAGGACAUCCAGUUGUGACUGUCGAUAGUCUGAUCUUGCUUGAAGUUACUUUUGGUGCAGUAAAAUUACAUGAUCACUGUGCAAGGAAGUUAAAUUGGGACAUUCUACACCAGAACCGAAGCAAGUGCUUGAGUCUUUUUGUCAAUUUAUUGUUACCUUUUAUGCAUCAGGAGGAAAUAUUGUCGUGUAGAAGGUGCAAAAGGAGAAGGCAGAAAUCAUUACAAGGUACAGCCACGAAUUCAGCUAGGAAACUGUAUCUACCGAAAUUAUUGAUUUAAAUUGAGUCUAGGUACGUAUCAAUAGUAGCAUAUUUUCAGGCCAUAAAAAUAUAGUUAUGUUUGGUAUUGAAUUGUGUGGUAAAUCAGUUAAUCUAAAAAGUCCACACCUUUGAUCAAGAUCUACACAUCUUGUAACACGAAGCAAAUUUCAAUUGAGCUUGAUUAGAUAAAAUAAUUUGUUGCUGCAAGAGAACUGGCCUUUUCAUAACUGCUUAGUAUUUGGCUAAAAAUCAUAUGAGCUCUAAUAGUUUCUUUUUGACAUAGCAAGGCUCAAAGUUAGUGUUGUAGAUCAUCUGCAGAAAAAAGGUUUCUCAUAUCCUAAAUCUGUUUACAUAUCUUGGGAUUUCCUUUUUUUUUUUUUUCUUAUUUGAUUUUUUUUUCAUGCCUCCUUACUGACAAAGGCUUUAGAAACAGAGGAGACAAGAUGACUAAGACCGAUAGACAUUGUCUAUGGAACACUUAUCAAUCAAAGAUCUCAUUAUUAUGCCUAUUAUUUAUCAAAAAUAAUCUUGCUUACUGUUUUUGAUGGAUUCACAUUUCUUUAGAUCGACCUGCCUACCAAGUUGUAGUUUCCAUGUUUCAAGUUUACUGUGCAUUUGAUUUUAUAUUUUCUUUUGUGUUCUGAGAAGUGAGUUUGAUUUUUCUGUUAGAUAGGGACAAGCAAAUUUUGCAGUCAACAUUCAGCAUUCUAUGACUUCACACAACAAUUCCAAUGCUCCAGAUAAGAAAAAGUCUGCAUAACUAAUAGGAUUUAACGAGACAGGGAGCAGUAUUUGUGAGAUAACAAAUCCACCAUCAACUGAUUCAAGCUAAGGGUUAUUCUAAGGCUUGAGUCCACCUUUGGCCCAUGUGGAGUAUUAAGCAAGUUACAUAAAUAGCUUGUAAUUGUUCAUUUGUUCUGUGCUAGAUAACUUGGAAUGCCUCCUCAUCUCAUUUUGUCAUCUAGGAGCAAAUACUCACAAAAGGUUGAAAAAGACAAUCAGCUUCAGCAUGAUUGCUUGUUUGUUUGGGCUUGAAGAGACUGAAAAGAGCAACCUACAAAAAAAAAAAAAAAA